ACCCAUGGACUUCGGGACGAUGGAACCGGAAGAGCUAAAAUGCUAACUUGUUUCCGGGUUUUGGCGUUACAAAUGACGUCAUCUGCGUCACUCUAUUGGUAGCAUAACAAUUAUUAAUAUCCUCCUCCCUUUUUUCUUUUCUUUCUUUCUUUCUUUCUUUCUUUUUUUUUCCCUCCAGAAUCUGUGGUCAGAUAUAAACAAAUAUGUAAUUCCUAGUAAAGUCAAAGAAACUCACUUUAAAAUAAUAAAUAGAUAUUAUCCAUGUAAUGAUUUUAUAAGUAAGUUUAAAGAAGGCUUUUCACCAUUAUGCUGUUUUUUAAAAGAGGAAUCAAAAACAAUCUUACAUUUAUUUACAUUUGGUUGUUUUUAUACCAAACUAUUCUGGUCCCAAAUUUCUUUUUGAGUUGUUUCACAAGUUUGUCACUAUAACCGAUAUAAUGGUUUUGUUUAUGGGGUGUGAUACCGGUUUAUUGGAAAUGAACAAUAGAUUUAAUAAAGUCUUAUUUUAUUUGGGAAAUAUCAUAUACAUAAAGCAAAGUAUAUGUUAACUAUACCAAAUGGUAUACUAUUUUCCACUGACUUAAAAUUAUUAUUAUUAUUAUUAUUUUUAAACGACUCUCUCAUUUCAGUACAGAACAAUCGUAAAGUUGUUAAGACAUCUCGGCUGUUAAAACGGAUACUCGAUGUAUGAUUGAUUUUUGAUAUAAUAUGCAGGAUGUAGUUUUUUUUUAAUUUUUUUUUUUUUUACUGUUUUAUAGAUUCAAGUGUUUUCGUAGGACUUUGUAUUCUCCUACUGUUAUUUCAUAAAUAAGUAAGUAAGUAAAUAAAUAAAUAAAAAUCUGAGGGCGGUAUGGGAUUGGGGAUUCAGCCAUGUUUACCCGCUGAUAUCGUGCUCUUGUUUUGAAAUGUCCAGACCGGAAGUUUUUCCCUCUCACUUCGGCUCACAGAGUAAACCGUGUUAUUAGGCUAAUGUUAAGCCACUAUAACUUAACCUAACGUUAAUGGCUGAGUUUGCAAUGGAUAAACAAGUGUUACCAAAACCGGAAGACCAAGGCUUCAGACUUCCUCUGUCCUCUGUGCGCCUGCUGGUCCCUCCUCUGCGCCUGAUGUCUGCCUUUAUGUGGCAGGUGCUGCAGCAGAAAAACAUAGUGCACUAUGGGAAACUGGAGGAGUUCGUCUCUAUGGUUACGGAGACGGUGCCACACCUGCUGAGUUACAGACAAAGAGUUCAGCUCAUCCUGGGACUGAGGGCACGGAUGAUCUUAGAGAUGUUACACAAGCCAGAGGAUGUGAAACUUGUCCAGGUCCAUUUGGACAAAAUGAGACUUCCUGAUGUUCCAGCUGGAUGCCCAGUAGAUGUCGAUUCAGAUUUGGAGCUCUCUGUGUCGAACUUUAAGGCACUUAUCCUUGCACUGUUGAAGGAUCCUGCAAUAAAAGCUUACUUCUUUCAGGAGGUGUUUCCUGUGGAAUACGGCCCGCGGUACGACACGGCGCUGAAGGAACUAAUGUGGGAACUGCUGUCUUGUCUGGAGAGGCUCUUUCCUGUUCCAGACUUUAAAAAGACUUUAUCCUGGCUCACUCCAGCCCCUGUUGGUCUGGAUGAAUGCAUGCAGUCUGAACCAAAACACCUGAAAGCACUGUUUCAGCAACACAAACUCAUCGGCAACGUCGACCAUCAAAACUGGACCAAAGAUUCCACAUUAGACACUCUUUCUGCUACCUCAGGGGACUGUAUAAUUUCCUCGCUUUCUGUCCCUCCAUCAACACACAUGGCGGUCACCACCACCGAAUCCAUGGCCUACCACAUCCAGCCGACCACUGUGAACAUCCUGAGCCAGAGUGGCCUCGGCCAGUUGGGCUCCGAGUCCAUCAUUGUGACUGAUUACACUGAGGUCGAGUUGGGCAGUAAUGAAGUGGCUGAAGAAUCGGUGGACAGGUGCGUGGAGGUGCAGACCGGGAGCAGCUCCGAAGUGGAGGUUUUCAGCAACCAAACUGCUGUAGAAGAAGAGGAGAUAAUUACCGUCGAACUUCCCAAAGACCAAGAGAGCAACAGGAACAGUGAGGAGGAGAGAAGUCUUUGUGAGAAAUCUAUACAAUGUGACAUCAGAGACGGAGGUGGAUUAGCAUCCUUCACUGAGCUCAGGACCACGGGUAAUGAUGACUCAGGGUCCACAAAAGCUGAAGGAACUGAAUCUGAUGGAGAAAGACAAAACAAAGAGCUUAAGGAGACAAAGAAAGAUGCAACGCAGACUUCUAUUUGUCAGGAGGAUGACCAAGAACCUAACACCACUCUUAAUAAGGAUAAGAGCUCGCCUAUAGCAAGCAAGGACCAAGCAGUACCAGUGCGGAGGGGGCGUGGAAGACCGAGGAAGAACGUAGUAGCACCAAAAGCGGUUCAGAACGGGAGACGGGGGAGACGACUCAAAGCUGAAAAAGCCACAGAGGAAAAGAAUAAUGAAGACAUCGGAGAAAAAACAGAUGGAGAGUCCAAGACAGUCGAGGCUGGACACAACGGUAUGGACAUUACAGAGUCGUCUCGCGAUCUAAGCCCACCAAGAUCCCAUAAAGCCGAAGCAUCAGAAAAUCCCCGCGCCCGUUACGUGUGUAACACGUGUGGCCGUAAGUUCACCCGCACGUCCGAUGUCCGGCGCCACCAGCUGACUCAUACGGGUGAGCGUCCGUUCCGUUGUGCUCACUGCGAGAAGACGUUCCAGCAUGCGUGGGACCUGACUAAGCACUGCCGCAAGUUUCACGGCGAAGCCACGUUCUCUUGCCGCCUCUGUCCAAGCCAGUUCAUCAAUUUUCGCGCGUUGACCGCCCACCACAAGAAGAGCCACGCCAGCGAGCUGCCCCACUACUGCUCCAUCUGCGGCCAGGCCAGUCCCAACGCGGCCGCUCUUGUGCAGCAUCGGAAAACGCACAGCGCCACUCAGCAGUAUCUCUGUGAACAGUGUGGUGAAGGCUUCGACACGUUAUUGCAGCGCUCAAUCCACAGACAGAGCCACCGCAUGCACCGCACGUUUAAAUGUCCGCAGUGCGACAAGACGUACUCGCGACAGGCCGACGUCAAGCGUCAUCUGCUGAGCCACACGGGCGAGCGGCCGCAUCAGUGCAACCUCUGUGGAAAGAGCUUCGCGCUCCGUGCCGGCCUCCAGAAACACCAACUCACUCACACAGGUGAGAGGCCUUUCCCCUGCCCUCAUUGUCCCAAGGCGUUCAACCUGCUCUCCAUUAUGCGUCGACACGAGCGCAUGCACACGGGAGAGCGCCCGUUCCUGUGCUCGCAGUGUGGCAAGCGCUUCCUGUCGCUCGGAGAACUCCUCAAGCACGACAAGUCGCACACGGACGCCAGGCCACACUUAUGCAGUCAGUGCCAGAAGAGCUUCAAGUCCAAGCGGGCCCUGCGCGAGCACGUUCUCAGCCACAGUGGUACGCGCCCAUAUUCCUGCAACUACUGUGACAAGAAAUUCUCCAAGCCUUUCGCUUUGAACCGGCAUCAUUUGAUGCACACAGGCGAGAGACCCUUCGCAUGCUUGCACUGCGGGAAAACCUUCCUGACGUCAGCGGAGUUGGCCUUGCACAAGCGCAUACACACCGGAGAGCGGCCCUACAUCUGCACAGAGUGCCCGUGGAAGUUUCGGAGUUCGUCCGAGUUGGCGCGUCACAGGCGUACACACGGCCAGCAGAGGGCGUACACCUGCAGCUACUGUCCCAAGAUGUACACUAGCACGUCCAAACUGAAAAACCAUAUGCGGAUGCACACCGGGGAGGUCAACACAAAGUGCCCUGAAGACAUUAGCCAUACAGAGGAAGUCCAAGAGGUCAUACUGAUAGAGAGUGACGUGUCUGAUAGCCUCUCAUGACAGACCUGGUGGAAACGUGACCGUGGACACGUUUAUAUUCUCAGUGAACAUCGAAUAGACUGAGACUUGAAUUUGUUUCUGCAAUGAUGUGUAAUGGAUUCACUAUAUAAUGCAUAUUAAACUGAAUAUUCUAUACAUGGGCAGAGUCUAAUCCAGUUUUUCUGAAGUUAGGCCACCCACAUACAGUAUUUGGUCCCACUGAUCAUUGUUUUCUGGCGUGUGAGAAUGUGUGAGAACGUGCACUGGAACAAACGACAAUGUUUUCUUCAUCUGUAAUUUGUUAUAUUCUGAAAAACAGAAUACGCAAGGGUGUAUUUACUUAUUUUCAUGAUUUCUUUUGGGUGCACAGUCUUAAAUAAAGAUGAUAAAGGUGAUUAAGUACUGUAGUGCUG